UUGGUGCUGCGCUCGUUGGUUGUAGUUGCAGUAUGGACUGUCCUCCUCCACGUACCCACACACGCUGAACUGCUUGCGUCGACGCUGGUGCCGUCAUGUCCGCCACAGUGCAUCUGUCUUUCACAAUCACAGGUCGUGUGUAACAGUGCAACACUUCGCGGAGUACCUGCUGCGUUGAGUCCUAGUGUGAUGCAACUAUCAUUAUCACGAGCUGACCUACGUGUCCUGCGUUCUGACGCCUUUGCACAUCUAAGGCAAUUGCGCCGUCUUUCUCUGGACGCUUGUAAUCUCACAAGAAUCAAACCGUUCGCAUUUCGUGGUCUACCGCGACUCAACGAGCUCUAUAUACAACACUCGCCACUAACUACAGUUGAUGCAUUUGCCUUUGCCGCGCUGCAAAAUAUCAGCUCGAUAGUUCUAACAUAUAAUAAGAUCGCUCAAAUCGAGGGGUAUGCUUUUGCAGGAACCAAUUUCAUAAAACUAAUUUCCCUCCGUAAUAACCCAAUUAAGCGGAUCCUUGCACAUGCCUUCUCAGGUUUGAAUGACGUGAAUCAAAUAGAAUUUCCUUCUGGUAUAAGAUCACUAGAGCCACAGGCGUUCGCCGGCCUCGAAGGUGUAGGUGUUUUAGAGCUGGCAUAUAUGGACUUACCUUCACUACUUCCAGAUACUUUCUUUGGCAUGACGCGCAUUGGACGACUUGCUCUACGAGAAUCGGACCUUGGAGUAAUAAGGGCCGGUGCCUUCGACGGUUUACGAUAUGUAGAUAUUCUAGAGGUCUGUAAUAAUAAAAUUGACGGCGUAGAAGAAUUGUCGUUAGUACGGAAUAAUAGCGUGCGUACAUUUAAAGUAACCGGCAAUCAUAUGUUGGAAUCUCCAGAGGCGGUUGUUCUGGAAGUAGACAAUAUUGUAAUACGCGGGAACCAUUUGCCAUGUGAGUGCGGUCGCGAUCCCCUGGCAAAUCCGUUAGCUUUAACACAAGAUUUUGCCGAUGAAAAUUAUUGUAUAUCGCCUUUGAAAGUGCGUGGGCGUAGUUUAUCUAGUGCAGCAGGUGCAGUGUGCCGUGGCGAAGGUGGUGGAAGUGCACGUGCUCGCGCCGCUGUUGGUGCAGGGCAUGCAGCCCGCUCCGUAUAUCCACUCGCUCCGCCACGGUUAACCCUCACAAUAGCUACGAUCGCUUUUCUUACUAACAGCUAA